CAGAAAUUAAAAACAAUGCAAUAACCGUUAAGUAUCAUUCCCAUCGUAUUCACAAGCGGACUGUCUUCGUAAGUAGGACAGAAUGCAGUUGGCUAAGCCGCUUAAAUAUGCCGCAAUCAGCGGUAUUGUCGCGUUCGUGGGUUUGAUGUUCGGAUGGGUGAUAUUUCCGGCCAUUUUGAAGAGUCAGCUUAAGAAGGAAAUGGCGCUAUCCAAGAAGACGGACGUUCGGAAAAUGUGGGAAAAAAUACCUUUCGCACUCGAUUUCAAGAUAUAUCUAUUUAAUUACACUAACGCUGAAGAUAUUCAGAAAGGAGCUGUACCGAUCGUGAAGGAAGUUGGGCCUUUUUAUUUUGAAGAAUGGAAAGAGAAGGUAGAGGUUGAAGAAAACGAAGGAAACGAUACGAUAAAUUAUAAGAAAAUCGACGUAUUCCUCUUCAAACCCGAGCUGUCUGGUCCAGGACUGACGGGAGAAGAAGUCAUCGUGAUGCCUAAUAUCUUUAUGAUGGCUAUGGCGCUUACCGUUUAUCGAGAAAAGCCUGCAAUGCUGAACGUCGCUGCUAAAGCUAUCAAUGGAAUCUUCGACAGCCCAAGCGACGUCUUCAUGAGGGUCAAAGCCUUGGACAUCCUCUUCCGCGGCAUAAUCAUCAACUGUGAUAGAACAGAAUUUGCUCCGAAAGCCGCCUGCACCACGAUAAAGAAGGAAGCGCCUAAUGGAAUUGUUUUCGAACCAAAUAAUCAGCUUAGAUUCUCUCUAUUUGGUGUGCGUAACAAUUCGGUGGACCCUCACGUUGUGUCAGUCAAACGUGGAGUCCAAAACGUUAUGGACGUCGGUCGAGUCGUGGCGAUAGACGGGAAAACCAAAAUGAACGUUUGGAGGGACUCUUGUAACGAGUACCAAGGUACUGAUGGCACCGUUUUCCCGCCAUUCCUGACGCACAAAGAUCGCCUGCAGUCAUUUUCCGGGGAUUUGUGCAGGUCGUUCAAACCGUGGUUUCAAAAAAAGACAUCGUACAAUGGGAUUAAGACGAAUCGCUAUGUCGCCAACAUUGGUGAUUUUGCCAACGAUCCAGAAUUACAGUGCUACUGUGACAGCCCUGACAAAUGUCCCCCAAAAGGCCUGAUGGACUUGUACAAGUGCAUCAAAGCUCCAAUGUUUGUCUCCAUGCCUCAUUACUUGGAAGGAGACCCGGAACUGUUGAAGAACGUGAAAGGAUUGAAUCCUAAUGCUAAGGAGCACGGAAUCGAAAUCGAUUUUGAACCGAUCAGUGGUACGCCGAUGGUUGCUAAGCAACGCAUUCAGUUCAACAUACAGCUGCUGAAAUCAGAAAAAAUGGAAUUACUCAAAGAUCUCCCUGGAACUAUUGUUCCUUUAUUUUGGAUUGAAGAAGGUUUGUCAUUGAACAAGACAUUCGUGAAAAUGCUUAAAAGUCAGCUGUUUAUACCGAAGCGUGUUGUCUCCGUGGUUUGCUGGUGUAUGAUAUCUUUUGGCUCUCUUGGGGUCAUAGCCGCAGUGAUAUUCCAUUUCAAAGGUGAUAUAAUGCACUUGGCUGUGGCAGGAGACAACUCAGUUUCCAAAAUAAAACCUGAAAACGAAGAAAAUAAAGAAGUGGGCGUUAUGGGCCAGAAUCAAGAACCAGCCAAAGUGAUGUAAUGGAUGAUAAGGCGAUUCUUUGGCAUAUUUCUGCCUUGGAGUCGUCGGUACCAUAUCAUAUACAACGGACUGUGGACGCAAUUUUUUAGAUUGAUUAUCAACCGACGUAGACUUUAGUGAUGGUUUUAACUAACAACAUUUUACUUUUUAGAAGGCAUCAGCUUUGUUUAGUUUAGAUUAGAAAAUUAUCAUAAUCUAAAAUAAGUUCUAAAAUUAUUAUUAUUAUAUUCUAAUUCGUAAGUUGUAUUCUGUGUUGUGAUAAUCUUGAAAUUUAUCAUCACCCGUAUUUUCUCUUAUGAUUUAACUCAAAAUGUGAGGAUCAUUAAAGUCAAGUUAAUGGUAGCGCUCCUCAUCUCAAAAUUAAUAAGUUGAAAAACAACCUUAACAAUAUUUCAAAACAAACUUAUAUUGUAUAAUAUCAAUAUCAAUCAAUAGUAUAAUAUCAAUAGGCUAUUUAAAUAACUAUAAAUAAGAUAAGACAGUGUAUUAGUAUAGUAUUAGUGUAUAGUAGUGGUAUUAGUAUAUUAAUUAGAUAGUGAUAGCGAUUAUUCUAUGUGUAGUCUCGUUAGAACUCGGAAUUACUUUAUUAUUUAGUUUUGUAGCAAUAGAUGUAUGUGUUAUUAAUAGUGUAACGAAAUUGCAGAUAUUAUUAUCUUCUAUAUUAUGUCUAGAGCAUUUUUAGCACUACGAGCACUCCUCCUCCUCGAGUCGUGUUCCUCAUGUCUGAGGGUCGUGACCACCAUCACCCAUGAGCUUCAAUCUUAAGAUGUUUUUCCACUUUCCCCUGUCCACG